AUGGUGCAUGGGAGCCGAACCAAAUGUCGUCAAUCAGCUAUAAGAUACCUCAAGGUACUCAGAGAAGAUCCGAUAGAAGUAGUUGAAUGCGAAUGGAAGCCAUAUUCAAUCAUAGAAGCCGAAUAUGUCGACCUCGGAAAGAAAGUUCACAUCAGCCGCAAAGUGCAAACUGGAGAAGUGCUCCGAAUGGAAAAUUUGGAGUUGAAAAUUGAGAUUAUGGCAGUCCAAAACUCUCCUCCAAGAAGAUUGAAGAUGGUCAAAAUGCCAAAUGAAACUUUGGUGCUUAAUUCAUAUCCAAAUCUACGAUGUAAAGAGAACAAAUUGACUCAAGAAUGCAUAACCCCAUUGGAUGACUGCAAAUGUCAAUAUACUGGUCACAAACAGAAGUGUGUAUGCCCUCCAGCAAUACCAAGUAGAAGAGAAAUGAAGCCACUGAACGAAUCCAAUCUAGAAAUGAGAAAUGGAAGAAUAUAUAAAGAGGAAGGAGACAUCACACUAAUGAUGACGACUCGAGGAACUCUGCACAUAGAAGCCUAUGGUCACCAAGAUAAAUGCAAAUUCGAAGUCAACGGAAACCGAGUAGAAUGUCAGUCAGAAAAGCACGAAGUCAUGGGACACCUCCGAUGCAACUCCACUACUUUCUACAUGACAUGUGAAGCCAACAAAAAGACGGUCAAAACGAUGGAUGUCAACGGAAAAGAAAAUGUGAGGCCUCAUGUGGAAUAG